GUUUCUUCUGUGCGAUUGUACGUUCUAAGGGAUCUGCAGCAAGUCUGAAGACGACGUGCCCGCUACGUUUCACGCUUAUCCGCCAUGAAGGGCCUUAAGAAGACGUUCGGCGGGCUCAACAGGAAAAGCUCACAAGAUUCAACGACUUCAUCGAAGAGUAAGGAUGGGAAGUCUGGCAGCAGCGCAGCCGCUGCCCCUCCACCUCCCCCCAAACCUACAGCACCAAACGGCUCGUCCGCAAUCACCAAUUUGAACAAUAUCUCUAGCAACAGCAUCAACAGCCACUUGACUCCUGCGGCGCAAAGUGCCUCAUCGAGCCGAGCCGCAGCUGCCCCUCCUAUAGUAGUGGUCAGCCCGGACCCUGAAGCGGCUCCUCGUAACGGCAUACACAAUUCCCCAGAAAGGGCUUCUGUAGGACUGGAACCACUCACUGGCCCAGGAGGGGCAACACCACCUCGUGCGGGGACGCUGAAUCGUCUACGCUCUGGUCCCAAGGAUACUAUCCCUAUCGUCGGGAAACCGCCCCGGAAGCAAAGAAGCAGUCGUUUUGUUGUGACAGAGAAGGUGGAAAUCGAGAGGCUGCCUGCUUUCUCAGAGACCCCGCCUAAUGAAAGAAUGCAACUCUUCAUCAAGAAGAUCCACCAAUGCAAUGUCCUGUUCGACUUCAACGAUGCCAGCUCAGAGCUAAAGGGUAAACAGAUUAAGGCGCAAACCCUGCACGAAAUGCUGGAAUACAUCACCACCCAGCGAGGUGUCAUUACCGAAAACAUAUACCCCGAGGUUGUCAACAUGUUUGCUACCAACCUUUUUCGCUCGAUACCACCUCCUGUAAAUCCGACCGGAGAUGCUUUUGACCCUGAAGAGGAUGAACCCGUGCUGGAACUGGCUUGGCCCCACCUGCAAUUUGUCUAUGAAUUCUUCCUGCGCUUCGUCGAAAGCCCGGACUUCAACACUAACGUCGCGAAACGCUACAUCGACCAGUCUUUCGUGCUAAAUCUCCUUGAAUUAUUCGACUCCGAAGAUCCUCGGGAGCGGGACUUCCUCAAGACCACCCUGCAUCGUAUCUAUGGCAAGUUCCUGAACUUGCGAGCCUUCAUUCGGCGAUCCAUCAACAAUGUCUUUUUCCACUUCAUCUACGAGACGGAGCGACACAACGGCAUCGCAGAACUGUUGGAGAUCCUGGGGUCGAUCAUCAAUGGUUUCGCAUUGCCAUUGAAGGAUGAACACAAGACGUUCUUGCUCAAGGUCCUCAUCCCUUUGCACAAAGUGAAGAGUCUAUCGCUGUAUCAUCCCCAGCUCGCAUAUUGUGUGGUUCAGUUCCUUGAGAAAGACUCUUCCUUAGCGGAAGAUGUUAUUCUCGGACUGUUGAAGUAUUGGCCGAAAGUGAAUUCUCCGAAGGAGGUGAUGUUCCUGACCGAGGUGGACGAGAUUUUGGACGUCAUCGAUCCUGCCGAAUUUCAGAAGGUCAUGGUACCCCUCUUCACUCAGAUUGCGAGAUGUAUCAAUAGCCAGCAUUUCCAAGUGGCCGAACGUGCUUUGUCAUACUGGCACAACGAGUAUAUCGUGAACCUGAUGAGCGAUAAUCUCUCUGUGAUAUUGCCCAUCGUGUUCCCCGCCUUGUAUCAGAACUCUAGGUCACAUUGGAACCGGACAAUACACGGCAUGGUGUACAAUGCAUUGAAAUUCUUCAUGGAAGUUAAUCCUGACCUCUUUGAUGAGACGAUGCAUCAAUACAAGCAGCGUAAAAUGGAGGAGCGGCAACACGCAAUUGCUCAGUAUGAAGCGUGGAAGAAGCUGCGCGAGAAAGCCAUUCAAAACGCUCACGGCAAGCUACCCGAAGGGUUCAUGGAAAACGAGCCUGAGCCCCCCCCUCCACCUCCAGCCAUCGAUGAUUCUGAUAUUAUCAAUUUGACGAUGGAGUUGAAUGCUGUCACGAUUGACGGGGAUAUGCCAAAUGAGCUUGACGAGAGUGGGAUUGAAAGGGUGCCAAUGGCAGACCCUGGGGUGGAUCGAUCCUUUCCAGAAGUAGGCCUCGAGCACUCACCGACGUCGCCUACGGGGCCUCACGUCCGCCGCAAGAGUGUCCUCCCAGUCGACCCUACCGUUUUGCGUGACCUGCAAAAUCACCGCAGUCUGGACGACUCGUUAGGCGGCCCACAGGCGGCUGAAGCCUGAGCGAUGUUCUCCGCAGAGGUGGUGUGUCUCUUUGUGACAGUGCCACACGGACCUUUGUUUUAUGCCGCACUGCGCACAUCGCUAUACAUAUAUCCAUUUCUGCUUCGGUUGGCAGGCCCUCUUUUUUUUCUCUGUUCCAAUGGUUCGUUUGUAACUAUGUUCCCCUCCCAAGUAGCGGCGAUGUCUGCCUUUCAGUGGAAUCGAUUCUCUGCACUCCUUUGUGAUCCGUGCAUUGCAUUUUCAGUGUAGCACCUACUGUAUAAUCUGCUAACAUCCGAUAUCCAUUUUCCCUUGCUGGGUU